GACGGCUUACCUACCUCCUUUCCACCAUCCUCCUCGAUGCCCUUCUUAUAAUUUCUCUCUGUCGGGCUCUCAAUCGCAUUCUCGACGCCGUCCAAUUGCCAAAUUUCCGACGUACGCCGAAGAAAAAUGGGGUUUGGGCCGGCAUCUUCUGGCUUAGGCAUCAGAGUCGAAGGGACUACAAGGAAUUCAACCCUUGUUUGUGUGCCAAUAAUGGCAGAAUCAAUAGAUAAGAUGAUUAUCGAUGUUAUGAAGGCAGGAGAGAGUGGUGCUGACAUUGUGGAGAUAAGAUUGGAUGCAUUGAAGAUUUUCAAUCCCCAUGAAGAUCUUAAAACUCUAAUUAAGGAGUCCCCUGUGCCCACCCUAUUCACUUACAGACCAAAAUGGGAAGGUGGCCAGUACGAUGGUGACGAAAGCCAACGACGGGACGUUCUUCGAUUAGCCAUGAAGUUGGGAGCAGACUAUAUCGAUGUGGAGCUUCAGGUGGCUCAGGAGUUCAUUGAAUCUAUACGUCAAGAGAAGCCAGACAAUUUUAGAGUCAUCGUUUCUUCCCACAAUUAUAAGAAGACCCCAUCUUUAGAGGAUUUAGGGAGUCUUGUAGCUGAAAUCCAAGCAAGCGGAGCUGACAUUGUAAAGAUUGCAACGACAGCACUGGAUAUCACUGAUGUUGCUCGCGUCUUUCAAGUACUUGUGUAUUCACAAGUUCCAAUUAUCGGACUGGUUAUGAAGGAUAGGGGAUUCAUUUCUCGAGUACUUUGCCCAAAGUUUGGCGGUUAUCUUACGUUUGGUACCCUUGAGGAGGGAAUAGUAUCGGCUCCUGGUCAACCGACUAUCAAAGAUCUAUUAAAUCUAUACAACUUCAGACAGAUAGUGCCUGAUACUAAGGUAUUUGGCAUUGUUGGGAACCCAGUAGGCGACAGCAAAUUACCUGCAUUGUUCAAUGAGCUUUUCAAGUUGAUUGGUUUCAACGCCAUUUAUGUGCCCUUCUUGGUGGAUGAUCCUUCAAAGUUUCUUGAUACUUAUUCAUCUGUUGAUACUGGCGGAUUCAGCGUUACUACUCCAUACAAAGAAGCGUUCUUCGAAUGCUGCGACGAGGUUGAUCCAGUUGCGAAGGCAAUUGGAGCUGUUAAUUAUGUCGUUAGAAGGCAAACUGAUGGGAAAUUGUGUGGCUAUAACACAGAUUGUUUUUGUGCUAUUUCCGCCAUUGAAGAUGGAUUACUCGGCUUGCGUAAUGCUAGCUCAAAAGUUGGUUCAGGCUUAGCUGGUAAGCUAUUUGUUGUCAUUGGUGCUGGUGGAGCUGGCAAAGCUCUUGCUUAUGGUGCAAAAGAGAAGGGAGCCAGGGUUGUAAUUGCUAACCGCACAUAUGAUCGAGCUAGAGAACUUGCAGCCCGUAUCGGUGGACAGGCUAUGUCUCUCACUGACUUAGAAAAUUUUCACCCAGAAGAUGGCAUGAUUCUUGCCAACACAACUCCAAUCGGAAUGCAGCCAAAAGUUGAUGAAACUCCCAUUUCAAAGCAUGCUCUUAAGAACUACUCACUGGUUUUUGAUGCCGUUUACACACCAAAGAUGACCAGACUCUUGAGGGAUGCUGAAGAGUCUGGAGCAGCUAUUGUUCCUGGAUUGGAGAUGUUCAUCAGGCAAGCAUAUGCACAAUAUGAAGGGUUCACUGGGCUGCCUGCACCCAAGGAACGUAUUCGGAAGAUUUUGGCAGGCAACUAAUGAUGUGCUAGCAUAUCCUAAUUGUUCUCAAUUGGCUCUUUUCCUUCAAUUCCCUGCAUUCGAUAAGAUUUUUCAUCUUCGUAUUGUAAUGGUCAAGAACCAUGUUUGAGAAAUCGAGGACCUAUUCGAAUAACUUUCCAAGUGUGGGAGGCGGAUAAUUGUGUAGACGAUCAUUUUUUUGUAGAAUUGUUUA